CUCCAUGGGGUUCCUCUUGCUCAGUGGAUUGUGUCGGAAGAGGGGCCAGGACUGCUGCUGUUGCUGCUGGGCGAGCCCAUCGCCACUUCUCUCCUCCCCGCAUCUCCCCUACUGAGGUCGUCCUGCCAGAGGCCCUCAGAGGCCACCACCUGCCUACGUCUAUGCAGGGAAUAGUACGUCAUCAGCUAGCGCCAGGCUCAGUGGUCAACCUCACAGCCAACGUUGGCGAAGUCAUCGAAGUAUCCCUGGUUGGCAACCCCACGACGGGGUACAGCUGGCAGGACGCUGAUCGGCGUGGCAGUAUUGAAGUACAGACUAGUACCGGAAGUCAGCCUGGAGCCCAUCCCGAGAACAGUGAUAGCGGCCAUGAAACGAUAGUGUCCAAGAACGGACUUGAACGACGAUUAUCAUCAUCAUCAUCAUUUACUGUAGAGAAUGCCUCAAUGGUUGUAAGGUACUUAGCCCAAGUUUUUAAGGUGAAUCCCCAUCCUCUAGGGUAUGUGGGCACCGGUGGAAUUUAUUAUUUUUAUUAUCAAGCAGUAAGGCCUGGAUAUUGUCAACUUCGGUUCGUCUAUACUCGGCCAUGGGAGCAUGUGCCCAUACCUGAGGAGCACUAUGCUAGAGUUAACAUAAGAGUAUUGGAUACCACGAUAAACGGGACAGAGGUGGAGCGUGUGCAGCUCCCGGAGGACUCGACCGCCUCUCAAAUGUACAUCGUCUUGUGAGGAGACCAUCCGAGCCGUGUAUGCGUAUUAUCAUUAUUGUUUGACUCCCCACUGCUAUUCGCAGUGCUAACGCUGACGACGACCUUAAAAGACCAUAACCCUGUUGUUGUCGGUGGCGGUAGGCUAUAACGUCUUGAGUAACUCAACUUAUCUCACUGUCUUGUUUUCCCACUGGCCCUCCUCCUCCUCCUCGUCGUCGUCCUAGAAGCAGCAGUCGGUUGCCAAGGUAACUGUAUAUACAGGCUCUUGGUCUUGCACCAUUGUGUUUACAUCAU